AAUCCCUUCUCCUCAAGAUCGUCUCUCUCACCACAUCCUGAUCCUUUGUGUUUGUGAGAGAGUGUUCCUUUGGAUUCUUGACAUACGCUUUGAUUGCAACUAUUCAAGGAGUUCUUUCCAAGUGACUUUGCUUUGCUUAUUACUCUAAACCCUACCUCCUUCUUACUUGCAAGAUUGUUGCUUUCUGUCAUGUCCAAGAAACAGAGCGCGUGAUUUCAUUCUAAGUGUACUUACUCUGUACAUAAAAUUAUGUUUUCCAUUGCAACGCAUGAGCUACUUACCAGUAUACAAUUAUUUCUUAAUUGCAAUUUCAAUCAUCUCACAUAUACAACUAUUUUGCAAUUGCAAUUUUGACCAUCUCACAUGUACAACUAUUUUGCAAUUGCAAUUUUGACCAUCUCAAGAUAUACAUGUUGUUUUCAUAUGCAAAAAAAUAUUAAAAUUUGCAAAUAAAACAUCUUGACCGCUGGUUCAACAACUUUUGUGUGAGGUCGAUAUCCCGCUGAGGAGCUGUCAUGACAACGAGAAGCAGGACAUAGAGACGAGACGAGUCGCGAUGACAUGGACGUAGCUAGUAGGCAUGCGGUAGGGAGUCAAGGAAGCAAAAGGCACAGGUGAGCAAGCGAGGACUAGGAGACAUGAGGCAUGUGGCGGAGGGUGGUGCCAUGGAGGGCAGUGAAAACCAAGGACGUGAUGGAGGGCGGUGAAGGUGGGAGCCAUUGUGGGCAGCCCAACAAUGAGGUGGAUAGGGGGUGGGGGAGUAGAGUGGGAGGUCUACUGGAGAAGAGGAGGAAGCCAGCGUCAGGCAUGAAGCAGUCGAGAGUCGAAACAAGGGAGGGCCGAGAGUUGAAAUUUUCCUCUUAGUUGUUUGGGCUUUUUGGUGAUGGGUUGGAGGCCUCUGAAAUUAGGUUAUGUGGGAGGAAGUUUGGAUGCCCAAGAGUUGCAGGUAGUGAGAUAGGUGCCUCUUCUGGAGCACGUUUUGAGAGUGCAUAAUUUGUUAUUUUUCACAGGAAAGUGUAUGGUUUGUCAUUAUCGUGUUGGAUUAGGCUAGUCGAGUUCAAUGUGGUCGUUCGUGAUUAAACUUGCCUUUUUGGGCUCGUGGUAGAAUAUGUGUUGGACUAACUUUGCGGGCACCCCAACAGACUUAUAGCACGGGUAAUACAGGAAAAAUCGCCAAAAUGAUUAGUAAUGGGCCCACUCAUAUGCAACUCAACAAUACACAAACAUUUUUAUAACAACAUUGUCUGAAAAAUAAGUCCGUUUCACUAGUUUUAUAUAUCGAAUGAGUGAAAAAACGUCAUGUGUUGCCAAAAGAAGCUCACAUACUACAUGAAACUGUCAUAUAAUUUCAAAAGGUGUUUUUAUAUUUUUAUUCUAUAUGUGAAGAGAAGUGUUCAAUAGUGGCAAGGAAAAAUGUCCAGGCAUAUAAAUAUAAAUGGUCGUGCAUUUAAAAUAAUAAUUGCAUGUAUAAAAAAAGUAUUCAUGUGUUGAUAUAUUUGUCAUGUUUUGAGAAAGUAUUCACAUGGUAAUGAGAAGUGUCCAUGUAUCUCUCAAAACCAUUGAUGCAUUUAACCCAAAAAAAUAGAGAAGAAAAAUGAGAAAGAAACAGCAAAAAGGAAAAUGAUAAAAAAAGAAAGCGAUAAUGCGCCCGGCCCAUGUGGGGCGCGCGUGGGCGAUUUGUCCCUUAUAUGGCGCUAUAAGUGUUUGCCCGUUUGGGGCUGAUUCCCUCCCGGCCACUUGCCUGUCCGCUUUCAAAAAAAGUUGUGGCGCCAAGUCCGGUCUUAUCAGUUACCACUUACCAAGGCCACAAGAGUACAUGAGAGUGAGCACUGCGGCCACAAUCUACCACGAAUGUGUGCGUCAAAUGGCCGCUGGGGUGGAUAAGGGUGAUCUUCAGCACUGUGGUCCAGCAGAUAUUAUCUUGGAGAGGAUAGCAACUGUUCUUGUUUGAAAGCUACUGAGGUUGUACUAUAAAGAUCGCCAGGGUUAAGAAGAAACAUAGUACGGUACCUGGGUAGUGCAGAGAAGGUAGGUGAUCGAAUCGAUCUUGUUGCAGCAGCAAUGGCUGCCAUUGCCGUCUUCUCCCUGCUGUUGCUCCUCUCUUCUGCUCCUGCUGUUGUUGGCUUCACGAGGAGCGACUUCCCGCCGGAGUUCGUCUUCGGAGCCGCCACCUCCGCAUACCAGUAUGAGGGUGCUGUGGCUGAGGAUGGCAGGAGCCCAAGCGUCUGGGACACCUUCACUCAAGCAGGGAAAAUGUCGGAUAAAAGCACAGGCGAUGUCGCUGCUGAUGGGUACCACAAGUACAAGGAUGAUGUCAAGCUCAUGGUUGACACUAACCUAGAGGCUUACAGAUUCUCUAUCUCCUGGUCAAGGCUUAUACCAAAUGGGAGGGGAGCCGUCAAUCCAAAAGGCUUGGAGUACUACAACAACCUUAUAAAUGAGCUAGUGCAACAUGGGAUUCAAGUCCAUGUUAUGCUUUCCCAUCUCGAUUUCCCGCAAGUUUUGGACGAUGAGUAUGCCGGAUGGUUAAGCCCUAAAAUUGUGGAAGAUUUCACAGCAUUUGCGGACGUGUGCUUUAGGGAGUUCGGAGACAGGGUUUCAUACUGGACAACGAUAGAUGAACCUAAUGUCAGCGCACUAGGGUCUUACGACAAUGCACUAUUUGCACCCGGACGUUGCUCCAACCCAUUUGGAAUAACAAAUUGUACAGUGGGAAACUCAACUGUGGAACCAUACAUAGCAGCUCAUAACAUGAUACUGGCUCAUGCAUCAGCUACCAGACUUUACCGAGAAAAAUAUCAAGCUGCCCAAAAGGGAGGUGUUGGCAUAAAUGUUUACUCUUCUUGGAGUUAUCCUAUGACGAACUCUGAUGUGGAUGUAGAAGCAGCUAAAAGAUACUUAGACUUCGUGUUCGGAUGGAUACUAGAGCCCCUGGUGUCUGGAGAUUACCCAGAUGUGAUGAAGAAAAAUGUUGGGUCUCGACUUCCAUCCUUUACAAAAUCUCAAUCUCAAGUUGUCAAGGGAACUGUUGAUUUCAUAGGAAUAAACCACUACUAUUCCAUGUAUGUUAAUGAUCGUCCUUUAGACAAAGGCACUCGCGACUAUUCAGCAGACAUGUCUCUUUACCAAAGAGCUUCUAAAACAAUCCCAGGAAGUAGCAAGAAUGUCCCAUCAUCUUCUCAAAGUGACCCGGAAGGAUUGCAAUAUGUGUUGCAGUACCUUACGAAAGCCUAUGGGAACCUUCCUAUCUAUGUGCAAGAGAAUGGUGUUGCAUCUAAUGACACUCUCGAUGACACCGAAAGGAUCGAAUACUUGAAGAGCUACAUGGGUAGCACACUGAGGGCAGUAAGGAAUGGAGCAAACGUAAAAGGCUACUUUGUGUGGUCCUUCCUAGACGUCUUCGAGUUCUUUGCAGGGCCCAAGUCACGGUACGGCCUAUACCGUGUUGAUUUUAGCGAUGAGGCGCGGCCACGACAAGCCAAGCUCUCUGCUCGCUGGUACUCUGGCUUCCUGAAGAACAAUGGCAUCUAUGUUCAGAACGAGCUCAACAGUACAGGAUCGCGUGCUCUGCAAUGAGCCGUAAACAGAUAGUGGAAAUGUCGAGUUAUCCUAUGUAAAUAAAUGUUGGAUGUAACUAUAGUGGUUUAUUACAUAUACAUCAUGUA